AUGCAGAGCUUUGGGAAGCUUCUGCCAAUCCUCUACGGCGACUUUUUCGGUUCGUUCGCCACUCUCCAACGAGUGCACCUACCAUUGGCACCACGGAGUACAUUUUGGCCACACUCUUCAUGGACCUUUUCCGCUACCCCGAGAACAUCCUUUGUUUGCUUUGACAUCUUUGAUGUUUUCGAGCAGGGCGUCCUCCACCUCAGUCACGGCCUGACUCCUCUCCUCUCUUGGCUCAGUGUUCCAUGUAAAGCUGCAGGGCUCGCACUGUGCUUCAAUGUUUUCCUCGUGUUGGCCGGUGUCCUCGCUGCACAUGUUCGCUGGCAGAGACCUUUUGCCUCCCGUCAUGCACGGCGGCUCCACGGAACCAGCAAUACUUGGACGAGGCUUUUGCUCAUCCUUGGCACGAUCACACGGACUGGGGCGGCACCCCACGAUGUGACAGCGAGAACAUACAACAGCGAGCCCUCGAGCUGGAGACGGCCUGGUGCCCUCGACCUAUGGAGGGACGGACUUAUGACACCCUUCGAGACCCUCCUCCAGGCCGAACAGUCGCACCUACUGUCUGCCCCUUUGCACAGUAUGGGCGAAAUCCCCACCAGAGCCCAUGCCGCGGGCCCAACACACAUGCCUCGGCCACCGCCAGAGCCACCAGAUACCCCUGACGAAGGCAACACCGAUCAGAACUUCUUCGUGGACCUCGCGGAGACCUUCCACAUCUCAUGCUGGAUCUGCUCCCCCGGUUUUGAACCCUGCUCCAUUGACAUUGCGGUACACUUCCCGCAAACCCUCGAUCGGCUGGGGGACAUUGUCAAGGAGACGAUCGAUGGACUGAGCCCCUCCUGGCUCGAGCACCUUUACCCGAUCGCUCCUCAGGUCGACGAUUCCGGAUUGGGUUCCUUCCUCUACAACCACAGUCCUGCCAGGAUUAUUGAAAGGCCCCUCUUUGCCUUCUACUUGUCCGUUCCGGCGACCCGCUUCAAUAUCCUCGCUCAGCUUGGCUUCCAGCCGGAAGACCCCUACGACAUCUACAUUGGAGGCUCUACUGAACCACUCAUUGGGAGCUCCAGCCUGUCCCCACCACAAGGCAGCCUGGUCAAGAUCAUCCCAAGAGGUGACACAAUUGAGUGGGUGGACCACCUCACAGAUCGUCUCGCAGACCCUCUGCUGUGGGACCCGGACGACCGACAUCCGGAUACCCUGCCGGGCCGAUACAUCGAGCUCCAAACCAGAGGGCAGACCAAACUCCAUAGAGUCGGACCGGAUGACCGCCGACCUCCGGAUGCUGUGGCGUCACAGGCCUUUGGCCUCCCUCGAGACCAAUUUUGGGUCAGAGCCCCGACCCAUCGACCCCUCGGCAUGUACAACAAAGGAUACCACAUCCACUCCGUCGUGGCCGUUGUUGACCAGGCACUCUUCCCUGCGGAGCACUACUGCGUCGUCUUCCUCGACCUCCGGCCGAUCGGAAGAUGGGUCCUUUGGGAAGUUGCCCGUGAUGGAGACUUCGACGUCGGAGCCUUUAUUGAAUCCUUACAGAUCGAGGCUGUAGAGGGCUAUGCCGUUGUUGUCCAUGGUGAUAUACAACGAGGUCGACGGAAUGUUGUACAAGUCAACGAUGGAGAGGUCCUCGAGGUAGCGCUCGUUCCGACCGCCUCGCUCUCCACAUCCUCGACAUCGCCUACUAGCACCGGCCACUCUGACAAUGACGAAGGCGAUGGAGACACUGAAUCAGGCAAUGGGGGACCUGACUCCUCUGAUUUGUCUCCCACGGGGCCUCCAACCGGGCCGGGUCCUUUCGGACCACCACGGCCCAGCCCUGUCAACCGUCCGCGGAGCCGAAGCCCACGAGGUCCAGAGCAUGCUGCUCCCGAACACCCCCGUGAGGAAGGUCAAGUGUCGACGACUGCAACACCGGCCCCCUCCUCUGAAGGAGAUGGGGCUCGUCUACUACAUCUGGCCAACUACCUGGAGCCACCGACCUUCAGCCUGGAAGCCCACACCGUGCCUCUGCCACAUGUGCCGACUCUCGCCGCGACCUUCACGGAGCCGUGGCCUUUGGAAUGGUUACACUACGACCUCGUAGACAUUGAUCUGCCGGAGGUCACCAGCGAGGCCUUGAUCUCUAUGGCCACCUGGGCGGACCUCAUCCUUGAUGUUGUGAAGGGAGCCCCUCCAGCUCUCCACAUAUAUUGUGAUGGUUCCUGGGAUCCAGACAGAGCCGUGGGAGGAUACGCUGUUGCCAUCUUCCUGGUCGCCAACGAGCAAUGGGCCCUUUUCGGCAUGUGUGGACAGGGAACUCACGGGCACCACACUGGAUGGGACGUUGACGGCCCACCCGCCCUGGUGAACGAACAAAUCGCCAUUGCGGUUGCUUUGCUGUGGACCGCCCAGACCUACCACUUCCUCCGGCACUCCGCUGUCACUAUUCACUACGACUGCCAGGUCGCAGGAUACGCGGCCCAAGGCACCACAACUUCAACAUCUGCCUUCAUGUCCAAGGUCCGUGACCUCUGCCUCUUCGUUGCGGCCAUCUUCGGGGACGCGCCGUCCUUUGAGUACGUCGCGGCACACAAAGGCGAGCCCCUCAAUGAGCUUGUCGAUGCGGCAGCUAAAGCCUGUGCAAGGCACCGUGCCUUUCUUCCCCAUCCGCCCGAGCAUGUCUACGGCCAGCUGCUAGCCAACGACACCGCCUGGCUGGCGGCCCCCUGUGACCGAAGAUGGUCCAAGGCAGUCCCAGUCACGGCCACGGCAAUCCAGUGGUGCCCGGUCGAGACAUACGGACCCUCUCCUUUGCGGCCGGAUCAGCUCAUACCUACAACCACCUUCAGGACGGAAGCCGGGAAACCGAACCCGCAUGGGACCCUCAAAUUUCUCUCCUUGAACGCCCUUGGGAUGGCGCACAAACAUCGAUACUUUGAGGACCAACUCGACCAGCUGGAGAUCGGCAUUGCCUGCUUUCAAGAAACCAAGGGCUCAGAGGGCCUAUGUGAGUCAGCUCGAUAUGUCCGACUCACCUCGGCCUCCGACCGGCACUGGGGUGUCGCCAUAUGGUUGAGUAAGCGCCGAGGGGCUAUCACCAUCGAGGGCAAACCGUGGAUAGCUGGGGCAGAUGAUUUGAAGGUGCUUCUCUCAAGCCCCAGGUUGCUGGCAGCCCUCAUCAUAAAGGACGACCUCAAAUUUCUCGUGCUUUCGGGGCACUGUCCCCACGACGCCAAGUAUGAGGAGGCAGCUCAAUUUGUCGCCGAUCUUCGGCGAGUGGUGGCCCCCUACCGAAACAUCCAACUCAUCCUGGCUGGGCUGGACUUAAACGGCCGGCCCCCACCCGGUGUCCUUGGCAUCACUGGCACCCUCGAAUGCGGAGAGGCAGACCGUAUCGGCCACCUCGCCACGGAUGCUUUCCAAGACCUCGGCCUGUGGAUCCCCUCCACCUUUCCUGAAAUCCACGAAGGACAGGUGGAGACAUAUCGACUACACCGAAUCGACUUUGCAGUCACUGGAGGAUCCGCCACUGUUCUUGAUGCCUACAGUACUGUUGACACUUCGUUCGACAGUGGAUGUGAGCGAGACGAUCAUUGGCCAGUUGUCCUUGAGCUGAGCGUUGACUUGGGCCCCAUCCAACACAGGGCCCGCCUCUCACGACCCCGCUUCGACAUUGACAAGCUCAUGUCGACGGAAGGCAGACAGCUUAUGGCGCAAGAGCUCCGCACUUUCGUCCAACCAUCGUGGGACCAGCACCCCGACCUCCAUUGCCAAGCAGUGCAGGACCACUUCCUUGACAUCAUGAAGCGGCACUUCCCCCUGGCCAAGCACCGACCGAGGGCGAGCUAUAUCCCGACUGCAACUUGGGAGCUACGUGAUCGUAAACUUCGCCUCAAGACGGCCUCGCGUCAUCGUCGAGGGCUCUGGGAGGCACUUGUUCACAGGGCUUUCUUGCAAUGGCGGGAAGGAGCUGAUUAUGACGUCCACACCCUGGUCAGCAAGCACGGCUUCCUCUACCAGCUCACCGCCGCUGCAGUCAGCUUCGCGACCCACAAGAUCAAGGAGCAGAUUCGGACGGCAAAGAACACCUUCCUGCUCGACCUUGCGGGCGACACUCAUCGGCCAGCAGGCGCCCUCCUCCGCCAGGCAAAGGAAGCUGGUGUCGGAGGCGCAAAGUCACGCCCUGUGGCUAGGCCCCUACCCCUCCUUCUCCGAAAGGAUGGCUCAGCGGUCGUCUCUCGUCACGAUCGAGAUUCCUUGUGGACGUCCCACUUCGGGGCCCAGGAACUUGGCACCACGCUUAGCACCACCGAGUACCUGGCCCAACCUCAGUGCCCUCCCUACCAAGACACUCCGUUGGAAUGGAAGAUUGAGGACAUACCGUCCCUCCAAGACGUCGAGCGAGCCUUUCGGGCUGCACCGAGAAAGAAGUCCCCUGGCCUGGACUGCAUCUGUGGCGAAAUGCUUUCCGCAGCCCCUGCUGAAGCUGCCAGCAUAGUAUGGCCCCUCUUCGUCAAGGCCGCGGUCCAAGUCUGCCAACCGACCCAGUGGCGAGGAGGCAUUUUGUAUGCAGCCUACAAGCGAAGCGGAUGCAGCUGGGACCCACAGGCACACCGCUCCCUUUUCGUCUCCUCGACGAUCGGCAAGUCGUUCCACAAAACUUGCCGAACCCGGGUUCAGAACAUCCUCGACAGCAGUUUCCAUAGCUUCCACCUUGGAGCGCGACGUAACUGCCCCGUCACGAUGCCUGCCCUGUACAUCCUCGGACACAUGCGGCGAGGCCGAGAGUCCAGAAGGUCAACUUCAACCCUCUACCUCGACACGGAGGCCGCUUACUACCGGGUAACCAGGCAGCUUGCCUUUGGAGACUUGACCGAGGACGAUGCCGUGAUCCGAGUCUUCCAGCACUUCGACCUUCCCCCCGAAGAUGUUGGUGAGAUGAUGGAGCAAGUCUGUGCCGGAGGAAUGGCAGCCGAGACCAGCCUCCCCCACACCACACGACACAACGUCAAGGACUUCCAUAGCCGAGCCUUCUUCGUCACUGCCUAUGCGGAUGGGACCCACGUCACCCAGACUGAUGCAGGUUCCCGCCCAGGCGAGUCUUGGAGCGACAUCGUGUUUGGGUGGGUGUACUCGCGAAUCCUUGCCCGCAUCACCGAGCAUGCUACGGCUGAAAACAUUCUCGAUGAGCUCCCGUGUGACCCCUCGGCGGGACCUUACGCUGUGGCCGGAGAGGGCACCGACAUCUCUAUUGCAGACGCCACUUGGGCCGACGAUAGUGCUUGGCCAUUGAGUGCUGACACCCCCGAGGCACUUGUCCGGAAGACUAUAAGAAUGUGCUCACUUGUACUCACAUUUUGCUGGCAGCACGGCCUCAAGCCCAACCUACGGCCGGGCAAGUCAGCUGUGAUGAUGAUCCUCCGCGGCAAGGGCAAACAACGGACUCGCGCUGCACAUUUCCCCAAAGAUGGCCUCCACCUCCCCAUCCCAGAGUGUGACGUCUGUGUACCCAUCACCAACUCCUACAAGCACCUGGGAGGCCUUGUCGACGGCGAGGCAAAAAUGGCUGCAGAAGCUCGCCGGCGUACUGCCAUGGCUGGCAGUGCCUAUGAUGCGGGCAAGAAGCUCUUCUUUGCCAACUGGCGCCUGCCCUUCAGCACCCGCGUAGCCUUGUUCCAAGCCGCGAUUGACCCGGUGUAUUUCAACCUGGGCCUGUGGACCACCGACACCCCCUCCUGGAAGGCACUCAGUGAAGGCUACUCCCGUCUUCUUCGGCGACUUGUGGUGAAACAGUGGAAUGGUGAGCACGCAUUCCACGUCCCACUGCCAGCUAUUCACCUCGCUACCUCGAGUCCCCCGCUGGAGCACCUCCUCCGACGAGCAAGACUCAGCCUGCUGGCUUCGAUGGCCAGGGCGGCGCCCGAGCCGUUAUGGGCCAUCCUCCAGACUGAGAGAACUUGGCUUGCUGAAGUCCGACAAGACCUUGAAUGGCUUUCCGACGGUCACGGCGACAAAUGGCCCCACAGAAGUGAGGCUGGAUGGCCCGAGUGGGCCCAGCUCUUCCGGCAGUCCGGCUCCUGGGUCAAAAGACAGGUGAAGAGGAGAAUGCAGGAAUCCUUCGACAUCUACAAGCAGGCCCAGCGAUGCAACUUGACCUUGUGGGCUUUAUACCGGAAAGCCCUGGCGAUUACGACCCCGCCCACUGGGGGGCAAAAUCGAUGGGCUUGCCGUGGCUGCUCCAAAAGCUUUCGAAGCCGAGCUGGCCUUGGCGCUCACUACUUCAAAGUCCACGGCCGUGUGGCUGACCACCGUGGGCUCAUAGCAGGCACCGUAUGUGCCGCUUGUGGCAAGGACUACCACAGCGAAAACAGGCUGAGCAUCCAUCUCCGCGAUACCCCCCACUGCCAGCACAUGCUACGGGCAGCUGGCUAUCGCACGGAGUCUGUGAGACCAGGCCUCGGCAGCCGUGCAUGGAACAAAGCUGCACAGACGAUGGACAAGCUCGCAGUCCCCGCGGAGACCCACCAGCCGAUCGAGGGACCCACCGAGUCGCCCUACUCGGAGACAGCCAAGAGCGCCUACGCCUGUCUCUCGGAAACACUGCUCAGCCGCUCAUUGCCCCGUGGGUUUGAAGCCAUCCAGGACCUCAUGCUCGGGCACAUCGCGGAAUUCCCGCUCUACCCCGAAGAGACCGCCCACAUCGUCGACAGGCUCCUUGCGGAUUUCCUGGACCUCAAGGACGAGCUCAUUGGCGACUACUGGACGGACGAGACCUACUACGAGGUUCAGGAGGCUUUUCACGGCCUCCCGGGCAAGCUCGAAGCUACGGCACCACCCCCCACCGAAGGCUCAGAUCACGCUGAGGAGUUCUGGCGCUUCGUCGCAGGGGUUGAUGGUUUUCAGUGGGAGCGACUCCUGCCACAACAUGCUGAGUCCCACGGGACCCCGAACGAUCGUUGUUUUAGCCUGCACAGUGCUUGGGAAGCGGAGUGGCACAGCUGCAGUGACACGAUCUGCGCCUCCGCCGUGGAACAACGUUUGUGGCCUUUAGUGCCCGCCACUCUCCGUGAAGUCUGGGAGCUGGCAGUACAGGGGCACCGUGUUGCGCUCAAUGCGCCUGCUUGCUUCUGGCAAUGCCCACUUAGCAGGCCUUUUAGCUCCCUCCGACAACCCGUUGCACUUAAUUAA